AUGUCUUUCUCAUCAAAAUCUCUUGAAAACGAUGAUAAUCAUCAUCAUAAAAAAGAUAGUUUAAUGAAUGAAAUAGUUGAAAAAUCAGAUGAAACUAAUGAUGAACCACUUGAUCCUCGAAUACAAAUUGAAUUAGAACGUGCUAAUGCUGCAACAAGUGAAAUAAAUAAUCUUGAAACACAAUUAGAUGAAGCUCAACAAUUAUUUCAAACAAGUUUUAAUAAUUGUAAACAACGUUUAGCUAUUCUUGCAAAAAAACUCGGUAGUUGUGUAGAACGUGCGAGACCUUUUUAUGAUGCAUGUAAACAAGCUGAAGAAGCUCAAUCAGAAACUCAAAAAGCUGCACAAGAAUAUCAACGUUCUGUUGAAAUAUAUCGUGUUGCAAAAGAAGCAUUAAGUUUAGCUGAAAGUAAAUUAUUAAAAGCAGAUAAACGUGAAUUUGAUGCUGCAUGGCAAGAAUAUGUAAAUCAUGCAACAAUGAAAGUUAUGCAAGCUGAACAAGAUAAAACACGUAGUGAACGAACACAUGAAGAAAAAUCAAAACUUUAUCAAGAAUAUGAACAAAAACGAGUAACACUUCAACGUUCAUUAAAAAGAUCAAUUGAAAAAUCAAAACCUUAUUUUGAUGCAAAAGAAAAUGCUGAACAUGAAUUACAAAAUCAGAAACUUCGAAUUGAAGCUGUACAAAAAGCAAUAAGUCAAGCGAAAAAAAUGUAUCGUACAGCAUUAAAUAACCUUGAGCGAAUAUCUGAAGAAAUUCAUUCAAAACGUAAAAGUUACUCAUUAAUGAAACUUCCACCCCGUGAACCAGGUGUUGGCUCAGAUAAACCCGAUGAAUUUAUUGAAUUACCUGAUCUUGACUUAUCGACGGUUUUAUCCGUCAAUCGAGAAUUAACCGAAUUUCCAAAAAUCGAUAUAUCCGAUGAAUCAGCUGAUGAAGAAGAUGAAACAAAAAGAACAAAUGAUGAUGAAAUUCUUUCUAAUUCUAUAAGUUCAAUAUCAAUCGAUGGAGCUUCAUUAAAUAAUACGCAAAAUAAUAAUAAUAAUAAUGAUUCCGGUAUGUCGUCAAAUAUACAACAAACCAGUGAUUAUGAAUCAUUUUCUGAUUGCAUGUAUCAAUCAUCUAUUAUUGCUACUGCUAAUGCUCAUACUGCUACACCUUUGACAAAUAUCAAUUUAGAUAAUCAUUUUAGUCUUCAAUCAUCUAUACGAGUAAAUGGUGAAGGUUCAGCGUUAUCAAAUGAUCAACAGAGACGAAGAAAAAAUGGUAUAUCAACAACAACUGUAAUUCGUAAAAAUGGUAAAACAACACGUAUAAAAACAAAUAAUGAAACGCCAUUGCUUUCGCAUCUUUUUGGGACGCAUAAAUAUAAUAGUGAUUCUGAUUUAAAUUCAAAAUUAUGA